GAUACAUAUUUUAUCAUUCUCUUACCUUUUCUCCUACAGAUGUUUUAAUUGGCAGCAAUAUAAAAGGAGACUCAUCGUCGAUCGUCGGCACUCAUUCGUGAAUAGUAAAACAAUUUAAUCGCUCAGUGCCACAAAAAACAGCUUUAACAAUUGAAACAAAAAUGGACAUUACGACUAAGCAAGGAUUCCUUCCUUCGGAUUGCUGGUUACUGCCACAUAUCCAAUAAUAUGGCUUAUCCCUAGCUGGUUGUUUCUUGUCAGCUCGCAGGAUAAUGUCACACAUUUCAUGAAGGCAGCUAACGAACAGAUAGUGUUCUCCCUUAUCUUCUGCAAAUUGUGCUUCUACGCAAUUCAUUUUCGUCGUUGGGAGAAGCUGUUUUACAAUCUGCAACGUUCGUUCAGCAGCGUUCUGAACAAUCCAAGUCUCGAGAUUCAAACCAUUUUGGGACACGUAACGAAAUCGACCCAUAAGCUCACUAAAUACUACUGUUCUACAGUAAGCUUCAACUGUGCUGCGUACGGCUUAUUUCCAAUGUUGUUCGUAGUGGUUAAAUAUGCCGUGACGGGUUCGUACGACGUACCGCUUUCAACACCGAUCGAGGCAAACUAUUUUAUCCCCGGCCUGCGUACAAACUUUUGGGUUUGGUUGCCAGUGAAUUUAACACUAAGCGCGAUGCUGGAGUUGCAUGGCUUUGCUUUGUUUUUCGUUGAAACCUUCACAUGGAAUCUUGUGUAUGCCACAUCCUGUAUGUUUCGAAUUCUGCAAAUCCUGGCCAACGAGCUUUCGCAUCAAAGUCGAAAUGAAAAGGAAUGGAACAUCAAACUUAAAACAUUCAUAGCUCUGCAUGAUUCUGUGCUAAGAUCGGCUGAAAUAUUGGAGGAAAUAUUGAGUUUACAGAUGUUAUUGCUUUACAUAUCCACCAUUUUGGCUCUGUGUCUGGGUAUGGUCGUGCUGUCUUUGGCUGUCAAUGAGGUGUAUGUGCUGUUGACUACCAUGGCCGUAUUCGGUUACUGUACGUUUCAAACCUUUUCCUUCUCUUAUCUCGGCACUGAGCUCAUUGAGCAAAGCGAAGCAGUAGCGGAUGCAAUUUUCCACAGCAAAUGGUACACGCAGAAGCUGAACAGACAGAAAGACAUGUGUUUCUUGAUGAUGCGAGCAAAUAAGCCGGUGAAAUUAACUGCCGCCAAGUUGUUCGUUGUAACACGUGACUCCUUCACUCAGGUGAUUAAACAGGCGUACACAAUCUUUGCACUUAUGUCACAGUUUUUGGACGACACGAUGGGUUAGAAACGCUAGUUGGCACAUGCUAACUCACGACAGCGUAAAGGUUAGAAUUUUCACUCAUAAAAUAAUAUUUUUAAUAGUACAUUUUAGAACACAUGUUUAUAUUUCUUUUAUUUAAUAUGCUAUUAAGCCAUUACUUCGUUUCUUUUUAAUGUAUCACUGUGUGGAAUUUUCUGACUUGCUAUUAAUUGGAGCAAAUCAUGUACAACAUUUGAAUGAAUUUUGAUGCAAUGCAUCAUUUAAGUAA